CAAAAAAAACAGCUGAGUAGCUUUGUUGAAAAUGAUUGCCUAAACUUUAACGUCAGAUUUUAUCUAAAAAUUUACAAGAAGAUAUAUAAAUUCUGCACUUAACCAAUUAAAUCCGACCCCUAUUUUACUAAGGUUCACACAAAGAACUCUGUGUUCACAUUGGGCACAACUCAGUGAAUUUUCGUUUGUUGAUUUGCUGAGGCAGAAGAAGAAGAUAGAUUCGACACUCAAAAAAUAAGAUGAUGUACGACAAUGAAGAAGAAAUCUAUGAUGAAGAAAAUGCCGAGGAAAUAUCUCAUGAGUUAUGGCAGGAAGCAUGUUGGAUUGUUAUAAACGCUUAUUUCGACGAAAAGGGACUGGUGCGCCAACAACUAGACAGUUUUGAUGAAUUCAUACAAAUGUCUGUGCAGCGCAUUGUUGAAGAUUCUCCAGCCAUUGAUCUGCAAGCUGAGGCUCAACACACUUCCGGAGAAAUAGAAACGCCGCCCCGUUUCUUGUUAAAAUUCGAACAAAUUUAUUUGUCUAAACCCACUCAUUGGGAAAAGGAUGGUUCUCCUAGUCCCAUGAUGCCUAAUGAAGCUCGUUUACGUAACUUAACAUAUUCGGCCCCCUUAUAUGUGGACAUUACGAAGACUAAAAUCGUCGAAGGACAAGCUCCCGUGGAAACUCAACAUCAAAAAACUUUUAUAGGAAAAAUUCCCAUUAUGUUACGUUCCACAUAUUGUUUACUGUCGCAAUUAACGGACCGUGAUUUAACAGAGUUAAAUGAAUGCCCUUUAGAUCCUGGCGGUUAUUUUAUUAUCAAUGGCUCUGAGAAAGUUUUAAUUGCUCAAGAAAAAAUGGCUACAAAUACUGUAUAUGUAUUUAGCAUGAAAGACGGCAAAUAUGCAUAUAAAACAGAAAUACGAUCAUGUCUCGAGCACAGUUCCAGACCGACGUCAACUUUAUGGGUAAAUAUGAUGGCUCGCGGUUCGCAAAACAUUAAAAAAUCUGCCAUAGGUCAACGCAUUAUUGCAAUUCUCCCGUAUAUCAAACAAGAAAUUCCUAUUAUGAUAGUAUUUCGUGCUUUGGGGUUUGUAGCUGAUCGUGAUAUACUAGAACAUAUUAUUUAUGACUUCGACGAUCCUGAAAUGAUGGAAAUGGUUAAGCCCUCUUUAGAUGAAGCCUUCGUUGUACAAGAACAAAGUGUGGCAUUAAAUUUUAUAGGCACGCGAGGAGCACGACCGGGUGUCACAAAGGACAAGCGUAUUAAAUACGCAAAAGAAAUUUUACAAAAAGAAAUGUUACCGCACGUAGGAGUGUCUGACUUUUGCGAAACGAAGAAAGCCUAUUUCUUGGGUUACAUGGUACAUCGCUUGCUCUUAGCUUCUCUUGGACGUCGAGAACUAGAUGACAGGGAUCAUUAUGGCAACAAAAGGUUGGAUUUAGCUGGUCCAUUGUUGGCCUUCUUAUUCCGUGGGCUAUUUAAAAAUCUCAUGAAAGAAGUACGAAUGUAUACACAGAAAUUUAUUGAUCGCGGUAAGGACUUUAACCUUGAGCUGGCGAUUAAAACCAAUAUUAUAACCGAUGGUUUACGAUAUUCUUUGGCCACGGGUAACUGGGGUGAUCAAAAGAAGGCCCAUCAAGCUAGAGCAGGAGUAUCACAAGUAUUAAACCGUUUAACCUUUGCCUCCACUUUGUCUCACCUGAGACGCGUUAACUCACCCAUUGGGCGUGAUGGCAAGCUUGCUAAACCGCGUCAAUUACACAACACUUUAUGGGGCAUGUUGUGCCCUGCAGAAACACCUGAAGGGGCUGCUGUGGGUUUGGUAAAAAAUUUGGCUCUUAUGGCCUAUAUAUCAGUAGGGUCUCAACCAUCCCCCAUUCUGGAGUUCCUGGAAGAGUGGUCAAUGGAGAAUCUCGAAGAAAUUGCUCCAUCUGCCAUAGCUGAUGCAACUAAAAUAUUUGUGAACGGUUGUUGGGUAGGUAUUCAUCGUGAUCCUGAACAGCUAAUGGCAACAUUACGAAAACUGAGACGGCAAAUGGACAUCAUCGUCUCCGAAGUAUCUAUGAUACGAGAUAUACGUGAUCGUGAGAUUCGAAUUUACACAGAUGCCGGUCGUAUAUGUAGACCUCUACUAAUUGUUGAGAAUGGUUGCUUAUUGUUGAAAAAGUCUCAUGUGGAAAUGUUAAAAGAGCGUGACUAUAACAAUUACAGUUGGCAAGUUUUGGUAGCUUCUGGUGUUGUGGAAUAUAUCGACACUUUAGAGGAAGAAACAGUAAUGAUAGCCAUGUCACCAUAUGACUUGAAACAGGAUAAAGAUUAUGCCUACUGCACUACGUAUACACAUUGUGAAAUCCAUCCAGCUAUGAUAUUGGGUGUAUGUGCAUCGAUCAUUCCCUUCCCAGAUCAUAAUCAAAGUCCUCGUAAUACGUAUCAAAGUGCUAUGGGUAAACAGGCUAUGGGUGUUUACAUAACCAAUUUUCAUGUCCGGAUGGACACUUUAGCCCACGUGUUGUACUAUCCGAUGAAACCUUUGGUUACCACACGCUCUAUGGAAUAUUUACGUUUUAGAGAACUACCAGCAGGCAUUAAUUCAAUUGUGGCUAUUUUAUGUUACACUGGCUACAAUCAAGAGGAUUCCGUUAUCUUAAACGCCUCUGCGGUAGAAAGAGGAUUCUUCCGUUCCGUAUUUUAUCGUUCUUAUAAAGAUGCUGAAAACAAACGUAUUGGAGAUCAAGAAGAAAGCUUUGAGAAACCAAGCCGACAAACCUGUCAGGGCAUGCGCAAUGCCCAUUACGAUAAAUUGGAUGAAGACGGCAUCAUUGCUCCCGGUAUACGUGUAUCAGGUGAUGAUGUUGUUAUUGGCAAGACAAUAACUUUGCCAGAAAAUGAUGAUGAAUUAGAGGGCACAACUAAAAGAUUUACGAAACGCGAUGCUUCAACGUUCCUACGUAAUUCUGAAACAGGCAUUGUCGACCAAGUUAUGUUAACCUUGAAUAGUGAAGGUUAUAAGUUCUGCAAGAUACGCGUACGUUCAGUACGUAUACCACAGAUUGGUGAUAAAUUUGCAUCACGCCAUGGUCAGAAGGGUACAUGUGGUAUCCAAUAUCGUCAAGAGGAUAUGCCGUUCACGUGUGAAGGUCUUUCUCCGGAUAUUAUAAUUAAUCCACACGCCAUACCUUCACGUAUGACAAUUGGACAUCUAAUCGAAUGCCUACAAGGUAAAUUAGGAUCUAACAAAGGGGAAAUUGGUGAUGCUACGCCUUUCAAUGAUGCGGUCAAUGUACAAAAGAUUUCCACUUUCUUACAAGAGUAUGGCUACCAUUUGCGUGGUAAUGAAGUGAUGUAUAAUGGCCAUACUGGUCGUAAAAUUAAUGCUCAAGUGUUCUUGGGUCCGACUUAUUAUCAGCGUCUCAAACACAUGGUAGACGAUAAAAUUCACUCACGAGCUCGCGGCCCUCUGCAGAUUUUAGUAAGGCAGCCUAUGGAGGGUAGAGCUCGUGAUGGAGGUCUGCGUUUCGGUGAAAUGGAGCGUGACUGUCAAAUUUCCCAUGGCGCCGCACAGUUUCUUAGAGAACGACUCUUUGAAGUAUCUGAUCCUUACCGUGUGCACAUCUGCAAUUUUUGUGGAUUAAUUGCUAUAGCAAAUUUGCGUAAUAACACUUUUGAAUGCAAAGGAUGUAAGAAUAAGACACAAAUAUCCCAAGUACGUCUACCAUAUGCAGCAAAAUUACUAUUCCAGGAACUAAUGUCAAUGAACAUUGCUCCACGGUUAAUGGUGGUUUAAGUGAACUUUUCAGCUUUAAAUCAGAGCAAUGCGUCUUGGUAAAAAUCUAAUUAUAAGUUACAAAGAUGGCGAAAAGUUUAAGUAAUCUUAAGAAAGUGUUUAGAAGCGUACGGUGUCUCGCAUGAAUAUGCGUAUUGUUCUAGGGCAACUACGGUUCAGUGAAAGCAAACCUUAUUGCAAAUAAAUUAAUCUUACGCUUGAUAGUGGCUUAAGUGAACUUUUCAGCUCUUCAAAAGUAUUGUUUUAUGAUUAUAAAAUAAAGUAUCCUUUUGUAACAAAUUUUUUUUGUUGCACACCUUUCUUU